AUGGACACUGUUCUCGAGCUCUGUGCGGUCUGUGCAGCAGAAGACGGACCAGCGGGGACUCUAAUUGAAUCCGUUCUCUCCUUUAUAGUGCAGAAAACGGCACGUGUGGCUUUGCCUCAUAUGUCUGCCAUGGAAAGGGGUGCUUUGACGUUGCAGCUCAUUUCUGCAGGCGGCCUCCAACACGACGUCUGCCGUCAGUUUCUUUUUAAAGAGCUCAGCCCGCCGUACAGCACUACUGCUAUUGUGCGGCAGAGUCACGAGCUUUACAUCAGACCCGCCGAACGGAUGGCGAGGAUUGACGAUAAUGAAAAUACAACAAUGCUGUCACGACGGAAAAAGUGCUCUUUGCCAUUUCUCUCUCUCUUGAGGAAGAGCGGGGAAAUGGAAAGGAACCAACCGCCUGUAGAUUUUCAUGGAGAAGACGCGGAACAGUUGUUGGCUGCGCUGCUUCAGUCGUGGAAUUCUUCAAAUGCUGCGUCACUGCCGCAUUCAUGGUCUCUUCGAGAACUUCCUCCGGGUCUUGCCACGUACUUGACGCUGCAUUAUCCUGCACGCACGCUGCAACUUCUGCGAACGACGAUAGUGGGACCGUCAGUGCCACAGACGUGGCGCGAUUUGUGGCGACAAAUUUUUUUUUUUGCUCCAGAUGCCGACGCCGCCGCUGACCCAAUGCACAGGCUACUGAGCCAGGGGGCCUGUGCUAAUUUUUGGCCGUCAGCACUGCGUGCGUUGGUGCAUCCCCUCACCGGUACUGUGGGCGACACCGAGCCAGAGGCGAAGUUGUUGGCGAACUUUGAGGGAGCUUCAACGUUUUUGACGCAUGCAUUGCUGUGUUUGUGGUUGAGCGAGAGCAAGCAUGAUUAUGAUAAGGGGCGGAUGGAGGCACUUUCAGGAAAUGCGGAACUGAGGAAGGAAACUUCUUCCUUUUUGGUGGCGCCACUUGUAUCAUCAAAAUCAUCGUCGGUUUUCUCACUGACGACGGACGAGAUGGAUCCUCUGUGGCGUCGCACAUUGAUUCAUGGAUUGCGUUUGGUGGAAAAAGACGAGGCAUAUGGUUCUCAAGAGGAACCGCAGCGUGGGCGAGCUGCUGUAGUUCAAGCUGCGUAUGCGUUGCUUCUUUCGCUCUACCAUGGCCACAGCAUGGCCUCGCAGUAUGUGCGUAGCGCUCUGGACCACCCGGAUGUAACACUUUUUGUGCCUUCCUUUGAGGACCUAAACGGGGAGCUGAGCGAAGGGGCCCAAUGGGGUGGUGACGAGGGAAUUUGCAGUAUUUCGGCGUUUCUUGCUGCGUUGGCGCUUAGAAUACCCGCUGCGCAGCUGUACAUCGCAGAACGUGUCUGGCGCCACCUGGAAACAAUGCUGGCACCGAGCGAGGUGGACACGCGUGAGAGACAGACGGCGGAGCUUGACGCCCGACUGCGGAUUUUGCUGAACAGCUUUGCCUUUAGCGACGUUCCACUGGCGGUCGCCCACGGACGAGGCACUUCUGUACCACCAGUCCAUACGACCGUGGCGACGUUAGGAGAGGGAUCACAGAAACGAGAAGAUGGCCCGCGUCUGACGCUGCGACUUAAGCGUCCACGCGCCGACGGGCAGAAUCCCCAAACCGCGGACACCGGCAGAAAGGACACUGUGAAGUUCAAGAGCCAGACACGGAUGGUUCCCACAAGUUCAGAUAUUUCUCUGGCCGCUUCGUUGCUUCGAAACGCAUUGAUUGAUUUUGCGACGGAGGAAAUCGUUCAGCCGUCUACUUUGGUUCAUUCCUCGGCACCGGCUUCGACGUUUACUGCGACGUCGGACGGACAACUUUCAAGGAACAAGACACGCCUAAUGCUUUUGAUUCCUCCGCACAUGAAGUCUUUCUUGGGGUUUUUUUCUGCCUUUUCUUCCUCUUCGCCAUGUUCAUUGAUGGUGUGCAACGUAUGCUGCGUUAUUAUGUCUGUGUUUUUAUAUCGUCAGUGUUACGCGUUGCAGCGGUGGCUUUUGCAUGAGGCAAAAAGCGAACUAAAAGCAGCAGUUGUGGGUCGUUUUGUGUGGCGUGUUCGUCGCUGGUUGCGAUUUCUAGCUCCUUUGGGUGUGUUUUGUUACGCUCCUGUGUCAGACGUCUUGCUGCCCGAAUGCCUACGAGAGAUGGAGAAGCAGAAGGAAAAAACCGUCGAUGACAGCUCCGGUGCGACGGCCACGGCGAUACUGAAGGAGUUGUGUGGUGUUCUCAUGUCGGCUAUCUGA